AUGGAGGGCACGACGGGGUACUUGGGCAACCUCACGCCUGAUCAAGAGGCCCGUCUGCAGCAGUUCUGGAUGUUCCUUUUGAAUGCUUUCGACGGUCUUGAUGGCAAACUAUCGUCGUCCUUGGCUACAACCGCGGAGACAACGACCCGAUCAAACAGCUUUGACGAACCACCACUCUCACCGAACAGUUUCGACUCCAACGGUCGUCACAGCUUCUCCAGCCAUGGAAACCACAAACUUAAUUCGAACCCGUCCGUCCAUCUACCCCCGACUCCAACCAGCCCUAUUUCUCCAUCCACAGUACAGUCGUCACUCCCACAGCCAAAGAAACUGCGCCGACGCACCUCCCUCCUCAGCAAUGCCUCCGAAUCGUUAAUGAACCGCACGUCUUCCACGCAUAAACGAGCUAUGAGUUUUCAUGCGCAGUCUAUGGGCGGAGUUCACCUGCGACCCAGCCCGCAAAACGCCAAAGUCAUGCAACGAGUCAUGAAUUCGUACAAGCUGUCGCCGGACGAGCUGCGACGGAGCUUGCUUUCGUCGCUCAAACAGGACCAUCCAGACUCAAUGCUCCUUCGAUUUCUCCGGGCCCGCAAAUGGGAUGUUGGCAAAGCAUUUGUUCUGCUCGUAGCUGCAAUGGCAUGGCGCGUGAAGAUGCAGGUUGACGAGGACAUUAGCACACGCGGAGAGCUAUAUGCGCUACAGCAGACGAGAGCCAACUAUCGGGCAGAGAGAAAGGUUGGAAUAGAUUUUAUGAAGCAGCUUCGCAUGGGCAAGAAUAUCAUCCAUGGUGUUGACCGAGCGGGCCGGCCGAUUGUCGAUAUUAGGGUUCGUCUUCAUUACGCCGAGGACCAGUCGGAUGCUACGUUGGAGCGAUAUAUUAUUUACACAAUAGAGACGGUGCGGAUGUUGCUGCGUCCGCCUUUGGUCGAGACUUCUGUCCUGAUUUUUGACAUGAACGACUUCUCCAUGUCUAAUAUGGACUACACCCCGAUCAAAUUCAUAAUUAAAUGUCUUGAGAACUUUUACCCAGAAUCUCUCGCGCUCAUCCUGAUCCAUAACGCGCCAUGGUUCUUUUCCGGUCUCUGGAAAAUAAUCAAAAGCUGGAUGAAUGACUCUCUCGUCUCCAAAGUCCACUUCACAAAAACCGUCGAGGAUCUUGAGCGCUUCAUCCCUCGCGAGAAUAUCCCAGCCGAUCUCGGCGGGCUAGACGCAUAUCACUAUCGCUAUAUCGAACCUGACACCACAGAUAAAGUCGAAAGCUUACCGCUCGACACAUACUCACCAACCCGAGAAUUCCUCCUAAACCAACGUCAACGAAUCGCCUCGGAUUUACUCGACACCACGAGACUAUGGCUCCAAACCUCCGCGAUGCGCGACCGCAUCGGCACAGCAAUCCAACAGGACCGACGUGCUGAGCUGAUUGAGGAUCUGAGAAUGAACUACUGGCGCGUAGACCCGUUUAUUCGCGCGCGGAGCCAGCUGGAUCGCGAAGGCGUGAUUGUCGGCGACGGCAUUGGCACGAUCAAUAUCUAUCCACAUCUAGUUGCCAGAGACGAAUCCAUCCUUUCAUCCUCCUCCUUGACACUUGAUGAUCGUAAUCACGAUAGUGGCAUUGCCACAGAUGGCAGCGCCAACGGCACCGAUUUAGGCUUCGAUUUCGGUCUCGAUGAUAAUAAUAAUAAUAAUAAUACUAACAACAUUAUGCACCACGACGACCCAAGCGCAAUGGACGUGCGAGAGAGUUUUAUGCGCGAGUAUGACGAUAGCCUUGUCAGCGACGACAAAGAUGGUGAUGUUAUCAUGCACGACGAACCAACAUCAACACCCCAGCACAAACAUGUUGAAAGCGGACGCGAAAACCCAGUCGGGCAUACCACUUUGCACACUGACGACACCGACGGCAAUGACGAGAAUGAUGAAGACGGCAGCGACUUUGACUUUGACGAUGAUGACGAGGAAGCCGAGAUUCACGAUGCCGUCACGCAUAUGGUUGGCGGACAUCAAGGACAAGGCGGGUUCAUGGUUCAGAGGGCUGCUGUGAGGGUUGUGAAUGUGUCUUGA